AUGUCGACAUCUCCACUACUUGACCUACCCACAGAGCUUCGGCAAUCUAUACUUGGACAUGCCCUCCGCCAACGAGGCACCCUCGAGCUUCAACAUCCAGUAUGGGCGGGCCUUCAAGACUUCUGCCAGCCUCUGUUCCACGUUUGUCGCAGCCUUCGGCAAGAAGCCUUAGAAGCGUUCUACGGGACAAACGACUUCCUCUGGAUCAUCGACACCGAACACAGACUCCGCUCGGAUCCAUCGACAUAUCCAGCACCAGCUACGGUUGUCGAUAAAGGGAAACACAUCCAACCAUUUAUUGACUCACCACUGACUCCACUACUCCCAUGGGAAUACCCUCACCUCUUGUACCAUCUGCGCCAUCUUCAGAUCAAUCUCUACCUACCCCAAGAGAGCGAUGCUUCAGCGCUUCAUAGUCGACUUGAAGCACUCGUGAAGGCUACCGACCACGGGAAGAGACUCGCCGAGUUCCAUGUGCUGAUUACAGGGAAACGUCGUGGUGCUCAAAUGCCCUUGACAACAGGUGAACGGAGUGCUUUGGAAGUGCUGGCGCAGAUGGAGGUUCGUGGGUCUGUUGAGGUCCAGACAAGGUAUUACUUUCGGGCUGUGAAUGCUGGAGUGCAAGUAUUGGAUCUGCAGAGGCGGAUGACGAAGAAAGGAUAG